UAAUAAUAUAGCUUUUGUAUUUCAAGGAUGGAAGUUGGGCAUGGCCGUCUAAUUUCUUAAAAAAAAAUUAAUAGAAGAGGACAAACACCAAGACAAGAUAAAUGAUAGGAUGCUUAAAUGCUUUGCCGAGACAGAACGCAGAGAAGACACAAUAUCACAGAACGCGGCAAUGGAUGAAACCUCCAGCGGCGAACUCUUCGAUGUCAUCAUCAUCGGCGCCGGAAUAAUGGGCAGCUGUGCCGCUUACGAGGCUGCGAAGCUGGGGAAGAAAGUCCUCCUCCUCGAACAAUUCGACCUUCUCCACCACCUCGGCUCCUCCCACGGCGAAUCCCGCACCAUCCGGGCUACCUACUCCGCCCCCCACUACCCUCCCAUGGUCAUUGAAUCCUCUCGCCUCUGGGAAGAAGCCCAGGCCGAAUCUGGCUACCGUGUCCUCACCAAAACCACUCAAUUCGACAUCGGUCCAGCCGACACCCCUAGCCUCCAAUCCAUAAUCACUAACUGCUCCACAAAUUCCCUCGCCCUCAAGGUGUUCGACACUGAUUCCCAACUCGCCGAACAAUUCUCCGGCGCUUUUCGGCUUCCGGUAGGCUGGCUUUCCCUGUCCACCUCUCUCGGCGGCGUCAUCAAGCCCACUAAGGCUGUCUCGAUGUUCCAAUCCCUCGCGAUCCGUCAUCGCGCAACGAUCAGAGACCGCGCCGAGGUUGCUGAGAUCAAACGAGAUGGAAUCGAUAUCAUCCGGGUCUCGACAACCGAUGGUCGCCAGUUCCGUGGAAACAAAUGCGUGUUAACCGUCGGCGCCUGGAGUAGAAAACUGAUCAAAGCGAUUAGAGGGCUGGAACUCCCUAUCCAGCCGCUUCACGCCUUGGUCUGGUAUUGGAAGAUCAAGGAUGGGUUCGAACCGUCCUUGUCGGCGGCGGGGGGAUUCCCGACCUUCGCUUACUUUGGCGAGCCUCAAUUGUACGGCACACCGUCGAUGGAGUUCCCGGGACUGAUCAAGAUCUCAUUGGUCUCCGGCUGGCCUUGCGAUCCGGAUCGCCGGGAUUGGACGAUUGGCGGAGGGGAUGAAAGCGCGGUGAUGCGGAAAGCAGCGGACUGCAUUGAAUUGGUGAUGCCGGGGCGGAUCGAGACGGCGAGGGGGCCGGUGAUGACGCAGGCAUGCAUGUAUUCGAUGACGCCGGAUGAGGAUUAUGUGAUUGAUUUCCUGGGCGGGGAGUUUGGGAAGGAUGUGGUGGUCGCCGGAGGGUUUUCCGGGCAUGGGUUCAAGAUGGGACCGGUGGUGGGGAGGAUUCUGUCGGAGAUGGCUGUCGACGGCGAGGCUGAAACGGCGGUGAGGAUUGGGGUGGAUAUGAAGGUGUUUGGAAUGGGGAGGUUUGAGGGUAAUCCGAAGGGGAAUGUUUAGGUGUGGUACUCCCUAUUACGAUCUGUCGUUAUCGAUCGAAGGCUGAAGCCCUCUUAGAGUUUGGCUUCGAUUCUGAUUCUCUCUCUCUCUCUCUCUCUCUCUCUCUCUCUGUUUUGUGCAAUAAUGGAUUAUCCAGAUAUUAGCAAGGCUUGCCUAGUUAAAGACAA